AAUAAUCAACUUUUCAUGAUUUUCAUUACCUUCAAUAUCAUACAUACCUUUAUGCUUAUUCAUCAUUCUGAAAUUGCAGCAUUUUUACAUGAAACCCAAUUUUAAUUUUUCCUGGGAUCAUGAUUAGGGUGAUAAUUAGAACUCAAACCCACUAUUAAUUUGGUCUCAAAUUGCUACCUUUUUCAUUUCUGCUAUAAUACUAAUGUUCACAUUAUGGAAAAGUUACUGCAGAUCAAAACUUUUUUUCCUUGAUAGAUAGAACUUCUGAGUUUUGAGCAAGGAGGUUGGUUUGAAGAUGGUUGGCAACCCUGCAAUCCAUCUCUCAUCGUUGCCAACUUCUGUUUCUUCAUGUCUGAUUUCUCUACCAGGCAACUCAUUAAAGUUCGCGCCGCUUUCAAUUCGAAAUCGGAAUAAAAUCAACAAGAUUAGAGCUAUAUCUUCUGAUACAGGCAAUGUCAAAAAACAGUCAUCUAGUUCAGAAACAAAGAAUCCACUUUCAGUUGUAUUCGACAUUCCUAGACGUAUUUGGAAGCAAACACUGGUUCCAUUAAGUGAUUUUGGGUUCGGUCGUAAUAGUGUCUGGGAAGGUGGGGUUGGACUAUUUUUGGUAUCUGGUACGAUACUAUUUGUGCUCAGUAUGGCUUGGUUGAGAGCAUUCCAAAUAAAUUCCAAAUUCAGAAAGUACACGGCAGUUUUCGAGUUUGCUCAAGCUUGUGGUAUAAGCACCGGAACACCUGUGAGAAUCAGAGGGGUCACUGUUGGCAAUGUCAUUCGCGUUAAUCCUUCCUUGAAAAGUAUUGAGGCAGUUGUCGAGAUAGAAGACGAUAAAACAAUUAUACCAAAGAACUCAUUCGUUGAGGUUAACCAGUCAGGUCUUUUGAUGGAAACUAAAAUCGACAUCAAUCCUCGUGAUCCAAUUCCGACACCUUCAGUUGGUCCUCUUGACGAAAAAUGUGCUAAAGAAGGUCUCAUUGUGUGCGAUAGAGAAAAGAUCAAGGGUCACCAAGGAGUAAGUUUGGAUGAAAUGGUGGGAAUAUAUACCCGUCUUGGACGAGAUGUAGAGGGAAUUGGUAUCGUCAACAGCUACUCAUUGGCUGAACGAGUUUUUGCUGUUAUGGAAGAAGCAAGACCACUUCUUACACAGAUGAAAGCCAUGGCUCUAGAUGUUCAACCUUUGUUGGCCGAGGUCCGUGAUAGCGGCCUAUUGAAGGAAGUUGAGAGUUUGACCCGAAGCCUUACCCUAGCUUCUGAUGAUUUGAGAAGGGCACAUUCAACGAUUAUGACCAAUGAGAACGCUGAGCUGAUCCAGAAGUCCAUACACACACUUAUAUUUACCUUGAAGAACAUUGAGAAUAUUACCUCUGAUAUGGUGGGUUUUACUGGUGAUGAAAGUACCAAAAAGAAUUUGAAACUACUUAUCAAGAAUCUCAGCAGGUUAUUGUGAAGUCAAGUUUCCAGCGAAGUAGCAUAUAACAGGUGUCAUUGAAUCGAGAAAGUUGAUUUUUAUGUGAUGACUUUUUUGGUUUCUGCUCAAGUUAUUGGCGUCAUCUGUGGAUUAUGUCACUUGUUAAUGCCAGAUUUUGAGAAGAAUGAAGUCACGGUUUAAAGGCUUAUAGAAUUUCUUAGUGUUUAAUUGGGUUGAGGUUUUGAGUUGAAUGCAACCACCGUCUUAGCAAUGUAUUAAUUGAUGAACAUGAUCAAUUCAAUUCCCAUGCAACAGUGCAGUUUAAUGUUAUAGAGGGUUUUCGAUACUUUUUUUAAGACAGGUUUUCAAUACAUUGAUAUAAUGUAGAACGUUCUUUUUUGUGUU